AUGAAAAGAGGCAACCAUAAAAAAGUCAAUUUACCUAAAUGCAAUAAUCUGAAAAGAAUCACAGAAAGCCCUAUUAGCAAGAAAAGAGACAAUGAUUAUGCAACAACCUACAAAUGCGAAAUUGAAAGAAUAAAAAGAAUUUUAAAGUUUGACCCAAUUCUUUACACGUUAGAUGGCAUUUUUAAUUCUGGAAGUGAUAGUCUUUUUCGUAAAGCUGACGGCAAGAUCAAAAGACCUCCUAAUUGUUUUAUCUUCUUUCGCCAAAUUGCGAUUACUUUAAUUAAAAAUACUUCAAUGUCUGAUGAUGAUAGAAAAUUUUUUGACAAUUUGGACCAGCCACUACUCUCAAAAAUUCUUGGGGCUCUGUGGAAAUCUUUUUCUUUAGCUGAGAAGUCUCCUUUUAAAGCAUUAUGUAGUGAAGUGGUUGAAUUGCAUAAAUCAUUGUAUCCAGAUUGGAAAUAUGCACCGAAUAGGAGUAAAGCAAGUUUCAAAGUUGUUAAAUUUGAUUCACGUGCUCAAGAACAAUAUCAAGAACCACAAUAUCAAGAACCGCAAUAUCAAACUCAAUAUUAUGAAGACUGCCCGGUCGAAAAUCAAUCACCAAUUUCUAAAGUCAUACCAACUGAAUUCACACAAGAGGAGCUCAUGCAAACUGUGUUCAUACAAGAUGGACUCGUGCAAUUUGAAUCCACACAAGGCGGGGUUAAUCAAACUCCCAUUGAACUUUAUAACUCAAACCUUGAUUCUUUUCUCUUGGGCGAGCAACAAGUUAUUUAUUCCACACACGAACAAUUUACUUUUGAUGAACAAUCCUUUUUUUUCAAUAUCAAAUUUGAUGAACAAUCCUUUUUCAAUAUUAAAUAG